GCAGAAGCCACUGAUUUCCUGUCACCUGGUAUCUGUCAGAGAUCCCAGGCCUGGACCAUCUCACUCACUCGCUGUGUGCUUGAGAAAGUAGCUGUCGAACUGAACUCAGUAGCAAGCAUCCGAAUCCUCCCUUGAGCCCUAAAGCCUUGGAGACUCAGCAGUCUGGAGGGUGAAAUGACGACACCCAGAAAUUCGAUGACUGGGGCUGUCCCAGCAGAUCCCAUGAAAGGUCCUAUUUCCAUGUAUCCUGUCCAAAGACGGAUUCCCAGGAGGGUGCCUUCAAUGGUGGGCCCCACCCAAGGCUUCUUCUUGAGGGAAUCUAAGGCUCUGGGGGCUGUCCAGAUUAUGAAUGGGCUCUUCCACAUUGCCAUAGGCGGCUUCCUGUUGAUCCACACGGAGGUCUACGUACCAAUCUGUGUAAUUCUGUGGUACCCUUUCUGGGGAGGCAUUAUGUUUAUCAUUUCUGGAUCACUCCUGGCAGCUGCGGCGGAGAAAAACUCCAGGGAGAGUUUGGUCAAAGGGAAAAUCAUAAUGAACUCGUUGAGUCUCUUUGCUGCGAUUUCCGGAGUAAUUUUUUUGAUCAUGGACAUAUUUAAUAUCACAAUUUCCCAUUUUUUUAAAAUGAAGACUUUGAAUUUUAUUAAAGUUCCCACGCCAUACAUUAACAUACACGACUGUGAACCAGCUAACCCCACUGACAAAAACUCCCUAUCUAUGAAAUAUUGUGACAGCAUACGAUCUGUGUUCCUGGGCAUUUUUGCAUUGUUGCUGAUCUUUGCCUUAUGCCAGAAACUUGUGACAGCUGGCAUUGUGGAGACUGAAUGGAAAAAAAUGUGCUCCAGACGCAAAGCUAAUAUAGUUCUCCUGUCAGCUGAAGAAAAAAAAGAACAGGCAAUUGAAAUAAAAGAAGAGGUGGUUGAGCAGCCUGAAAUAGCUCCCCAACCAAAGAAUGAAGAAGACAUUGAAAUUAUUCCAGUCCAAGAAGAAGAAGAAGAAACAGAAAUAAACUUCCCAGAACCUCCCGAAGAGCAGGAAUCCUCACCAAUAGAAAAUGAUGGUGCCCCUUAAACUACUUUUCUGUUUUCCGUUUUCCUUUUCUUAAGCAUCAGUGUUCACAGCUUCCAGGAGACAUAGUUACCCCCACUUCUGGAGGUACUCUGCCUGCAUCCUGCACAUCUCUCUCUGGUCUUUACAUGGAGUGACCACAGCUCCCUUCUCCCAUCCUCAUUCAGAGAGUGAAUUAUAUAGGCCAUUGUAGCAGAUCGUGUCAUCGUGUUUCUUGUUUAGGACAGUUUUCUUACAUUAAAAGAAAAGGCUGAAUAAGGGCUGCAGAAUGUGAUUCCUUAUUAGCCUUUUCCCUGGGUAAGGUGUAGUAGUAGUAGCAGUAGUAGCAGUAGUUGCAGUAGUAGCAGCAAUAGUAGGGUUGGUUUUUUAAAUUUUUUUCAUUUUUCCCUCUGCAGUAUGGAGACUCCACACCAGGCGAAAAAAAAAAAAAAGUGUUCCAUGCCAUCCCUAAACUGAUUUAAACUCCUUCCACGUCUACAUUUUUUGUGCAGACUCUUUAGCACCACUGUUUUAAGGAAAGUAAAAAAUAAUAAUAAUAAUAAUAAUGAGGUACAAUAAAGAACCUAUUCCAACUAUGUUUCUAUCGGGCUGGCACUGUGGUCUCCACACCCCAUCAGUGAAGCUCUAAGGAGCCAGUACUCAGCCUUGUCUUUGUACAAAGAGCACUGGUUUUACAUGGACGUGAGAUCACUCUCUGUCUUAACUUCCCCGAACUCCUGCUCUAGUCUCUUGUCUUGCGCUGUCUACCUACCUUCAGCCUUUCAUCAAGAGAAGAAAGAAUGCCACCAUGAGUACCCAAACUGAAUAUGGUCAUCAAGUACUUGUAUUUGUAGAAUAUUUUCCAGUUCAUAAAGUAUUUUAUCAAAUAA